AUGAAGAAUAUACUGUUGAGCAAUACCGUUUACAAUAGAAUUGUUCUAUUAAAGUUUUCUUCUCGAACAUAUACCGUUAAAUCAAAAGGGCAUCAAGAUUGGUCUCCAGUUUUUGACCCUACAAAAUCAAAAAAUGCUGCUUUAAAGUUAUUCAGGAAAAACAUAAUUAUUGCAAGUACCAGCAAGUGGAUACCAGUUGCCAAUUCCAAAGAAGCAAUAUUACUGGCAUCGCUUGGUUCUACAUUCGAGAAAGAAUACGUUGUUUCUAAAGAUUCCCUGAAAAAAUUAUAUAACAGAAUCCUGACAAAUAAAAUCAAUGACGACUACAUAUACCAACUCAUUAAGGAUACUCAUCCAAAUAAAGUAACAAAUAUCAAAAUACCUAAUGUGAAUUCAAAAUCUCAAACUUCUUUAGCAAAUCCAGCGAAAGAAUCUAUUAAUUUUAAACCUCAAAGGCAUGCUCAUGUUGAAAAAAUUCUAAAACAACUGUUAAACUAUGACAUUUCUAAGAAAGAUAUGAUUGAAGUACUUAAUGCAUUGCUCAUAAACAUAUCUCCUUCAGAAAAUACUGAGUUAAGCGCUGGAGAAAUAGAUGGCGGUAAAGCAGUAAAUAUUGUGGAUUUAGAACGAUAUUUAAAAAAACUUAUAAAUGAAGAUAUACAAAAGAAGAAAUUAAAGGAAUUGCAGUGGAAAACUUAUAAUUGGGGCCAAGUAGUAGAAUCACCUAUAUUUAAACCUGGCUCGACCCUUUUCGAGCAAUAUCGAUUGUCAAAUAAUAUACUACUUCGAAUUGUUGACAAAGUUAUAAAUGCUCGUAACUAUCUAUAUAACAAUAAAGCAAGAAACAAUAACAUCGCAAAAGAAUAUCUUAUAUUCGAUUUAAAGGAUAAAAGUAGGCAUAAACCAUCUAAUAUUUUGAAAAACUCAAUGUUUACUAUAUGUUAUAGGGAUCUGUUUGCUGUUAUAAAUAGUUCUGAGAAACCACCUGAAGAAACCCUAACCUUUAUUAACGAAAUAACCAAAGAAGAUUGGACUCUUGUUGGAAACUUAUACGAGGAUCACAAUAAGUUAAUCUUUGAGAGACCAAUGAAACAAAAAAACUCCACUGUAAAUAGGAAAAAGGUACUUUGGGUUACAUCAGGUUUAUUGGUCACUUCAACGUUAUUUGUAUUAUAUAGGUCUUGUCCUUUAGCGACUCAAGAAAAUAAUGCGGAUAAGAAAGAAACAUAG